CCCGGAGAUAUCAAAGGGUUUUGACAACGCUGCAGAACGGUCUUCGUGCCCCGGAUGCCAUCGGAUCUUCUUUUCGCGACAAGCUCUUGAUACUCACCUGGAUUCAGAUGUUUGCGGCGCAAGGGAGAAGAGCGCGGAGAUUGAAAAUUAUUUCGUCGAUAUCAAAGGGCAAUUGAUGUGCCGUUUAUGCAAGACUUUCCUGAACCCUUCCCAAACGGGAAAGUAUUUGAGGCUUUGGAAGCAUAUGGUUGGGAGUGGUUGCUACGACCUGUCGAAGUCGUUCGAUGCAACUAAGGAAGCAAUACAGUGUCGGCGAUGCGGUUCACGCUGGGAGGGAAAAGAUCCAUCGGUAAAUUUGGGCAAUCAUGUGCGUGACGUAUGUAUCGCUCUAGCGGAGUCGUUCGACGCAGUUGGGGAAGGAUUCUGUUGCAGGCAUUGUGGUGUUGAGUUCAGCAAAGGAGCAAAGAUAGGCCGGAGCAUGUAUGAGAUAGACAGGCACUUGGGUUCGCGAAGAUGUAAGAUUUUACAAGAGUACGAAAAAAUCGAAGGAGGAUUAAGGUGCCGGAAAUGUGGUGCUGAUUUGGAGUUCACCUAUAGGCUGAAAGACAUAAAGGCACAAUGGCUCCUUGAUCACGAGAAGACACUGAGCUGUAAGAGGGAAUACGAAAAGCGAAAGGCGGAUCCGCUGGGGCUAGGGAAGGAAGAGAAGUCUAAAGAGGGUGAGUCUGGAAAGGAUGACGAGUCUGGAAAUGAUGACGAGUCUGGAAAUGAUGAUGAAUCUGGAGAGGAUGAUGACUUUAUAAGCGAGCAUGAGGCUGGAAACGAGGUAUAAACGGGUCAACAAGGGGUCAAUGAGGCUAAUCCCGAGGAGAAAAGCGGCUGAGGGGACUUGGUAUGACUAGAGGUUCCUAGAUUCAGCGAGACUUCUUGGUGGUGUUUCAGAAGUCGACGUGAGCAUAGUUAUGGUUGGGGUACAGCACUUCUUUUUUGCAUCAGCGUUCACAUGUUCAUAGAGGUAGCUAGCAUCAAGGGUACGUGGACAGAAGACGGAGGAGGUGCCUUAGCAUAGCAAUGAGUUGCUCAUGUAUUACACUCGUA